AGACAAAUUUUUUCUUGAUGGAAAACUAUAGUAAUUUGCAAUCUAUUUAGUUAGUGAGUUGUGAUUCUGGGAAUCUCAUACAGCAGGAGCUAAAUUAGUCAUGUUUCUGGUGUUAUUUCUGCAGAGAUUGGCAGUGAACUAAAUUAAUUAAUUAGGAUGUAGUCUAUUAUUAUGCAGAAAAUAAGGUUAAUGCAAUUGUUCGCAAAUUGAUAAAAAAUGAUGUAUAAGUUUUAAUACCUGUUUUCUAAAUGGUAUGACUUGCUAUAUAUGCCUGGAUUGCCGCCCUUGUACAAGUCAUUUAAAUGAUACCAUAUCAGUAGGAAUAGUUCCCUUCCGGCUUCUUGUUAUUGUUAUUUUUCAUUGAUAACUGUCAUUUGUUGUAGCGGAUUUUUAAACAUUGAAUCGAGCGUCUCGCUGUUAAUAUAAAGCUGUAGGACUUGUACUUUUGGAGGCAAAUAGAGAGGCUGCUUAGUUCUUCACUCAUUUGAGUGGAUAAGCUUAAACUUACAUGUUAGUUAACAGUGUAAGAUGUUGGGUUAGACUUUUGUUUUCGCAUGUAUAAAUGUGUAAAAUUGUAAUACCAAGAAUGCUUGGUUGAUGGAAGGUUCAUACUCUUUUGAGUUUGGCAAUGGAUAGCUACUCUAUGGUAACAAGUGAAGGAGACAAAUUAGGAUGUACUUGAUUGUUUGUAGAAAGUAGGGUUAAUACAAUUGCCAGUUGAUUCAAGUGCAGAAUGAGUGCUAACGCCUGUUUCCUAAAUAGUGUAACUUGCUGCAUGCUCGAAUUGCUGCCCUUUCACAAGUUUUAAAAUGAUACAGUAUGGAUAGGAAUUGUUACCUUCCUACUUCUGCCUUUUUUUGAUGGAAAACUAUAGUAUUUUGCAAUCUAUUUAGUUAGUGAGUUGUGAUUCUGGGAAUCUCAUAGUAUAAAGGGAUUCGAAUUACAUAUUAUAUUUAUUUGUUAUUUAAUAGGAUGAUUGCAUCGGGUUUAAGUGGUUACUCUAUUGUUUUGAUGUUUUUCUGCUUGCAUUUGGGUUGGAAACUUUAAGUUGGUUAGUCUGUAUGUGUGCUUGUAUGUAUGUCUCUGCUUGUAAUGUUUUGAUUUUCAAUGAAUUCAGUAGAUAUAGGUUACUUAUUUUAAUAAUUCUAUUCUCUAGAAAAUGUAUAUUGUCAAUUGGUUUGUCACUUCUAACUUUUUUUUCCCUGCAAUGUCUGUCAACUGUUUUUCUCUGGCAUAUUAUGGUUUUUGAAACUGUACAAAUUUGCUUGUCACAAGUGGUCCUCCCUGUAUUCUUGCUAAUUGUAGCACUACUCUUAUAAGUAGACUUACAAUAAGACCAUCUGGUGAUUGGUGACUUUUGAGUCUAAGCAUCACAAUAUUCAGUGUUAUGUCUCCUGUGCUCCUGUUAGCAUCAACUUUACAAAUCUUCUUGAUCUGAUUGCCUCUUACUCUGUGAUUUUAUGGUAUUUUUUUCUAGAAUUACGACAAAUGUAGAGUAGGUUGUUUAGAAUUACCUUAGAAUACAGAAGAAACGUACUGAAUUCCUUGGUGUGUCUUAGUAAAUAUCACUCAUAAUAUCUCCAGGUGUGCCUUAAGACGUGUUAUUGUGGAAAUUCUAGUUUUUGGGGGUCUUUAACAAGCAACAAUUCACUGAACUUUUUAGAGUCAUUAAUAUAUGUAAUACAACUGCUGACUGGACUUUGUAAGAACUGACUGUACUUUUAAAAGCAGAACAGUACGGACCUUUUAAAACAGAACAAGACACUUUUGACAGAACCUGGCUUUAUGAGACAGAACCUGAACCUUAUUAUAUCUUGGAUUGUAGGGUUAGGGUCAGGGUUGGGCUACUGGUUAGGUUUGAAGUCUUGGUCACUAGUGCAGCUGUGUGGUUUGUGUUUAGUAGCAGUUUGUAAGUCUGUUGCUGCUGUUGUUGUUUAACUUGAAGGGGUAGAGGUUGUGAAAAAUCUUAAUGUUUAUGUAUAUUGUACCCUUUACGCUUCUGUCUAAACUAACUAGGUAUGUUACUCUAUAGUCUUCAUUUAACAUGGUUUCUCUAUAUUGAUGCAUUUCACAUGUCUGAACUAACUAGGUAGUGUUACUCUUUUAUUAUCUUUAUUUCACGUGGUUUCUCUAUAGUCUAACGAUUUGUUUUCUACUAGGUGUUGAUUAGUAUAAAAAAAUGAAAACUGAAAAAUCUAAAUUGUAUUUAGCUAAUAAUGUUAAGAUCUAGGUGGAACUAAACCAAAGACUUUGCUAGGUAUUAUUUAGAAGACUACCCUAAUCACUAAGUAUUAAAGCUAGUUCUUUGAGGUAGCAAGUUUUAUAGCUAAAUGAUUGAAAACAUAUUUUUUUUUAAAUAAUGACGUUAAGUUUAACCAUUAGUUUGAACUGAAAGUAGAGGCUCCAACGUGAUUCUAGGUUGCUGACAUGUUGUGGUAGGUGUAUUUGUUUUAUCUUUAUCUGUUGCAUUCAAUAUAUAUUACAAUCUUAAUAUAGCCUUUGAUUUGAGAUAUGAAUUAUUCCAGUCAAUUACUAAUUGAAUCUGGCCAUUUGGCACAAAUUGAAGGGGAUAACAAACAGAUAGAAGACUCUAGUGAAGAGCAAAAGGCUUGCGUCAGGUUGAGUUGCACUCCCGUAGACGAACCAGGGACGAGAUGAGUUAUCGUAGCAAACAAACUAGGAUUGCAGCUCUAUAUGGGUCUCUUAAUGCAUCUGAAGUUCCUCCAAAAAAGGCUCAAAGGGAAGUAGCAUCACAGUCAGCACCACAGUUAGCAUCACAGUCAGCACAUCCACACAAGAAUCACCCCACUAUCCUAGUCCCCUCGCCCUCACUCCAAAAUACAAGGCUGGUAUCAUCACAGUCAGUCUAUCCACCAAAGAAUCACCCCACGAUUCCAGUGCCCUCCCCCUCACUCACAAAUACAAGGCCGAUAUCAUCACAGUCAGUCCAUCCACCAAAAAAAUCACCCCACGAUUCCAUUGCCCUCCCCGUCACUCAAAAAUACAAGGCCGGUGUCAUCACAAUCAGUCCAUCCACCAAACAAUCACCCCACGAUUCCAGUGCCCACGCCCUCACUCCAAAAUACAAGUGGAACUAAUGACAGAUGGGGGCCAUUUAAUCCUCCAAUGACCACUAGCACUCAACAUGGGCCUUCGUCUUCCACUACCACUAGCAACCCUAUUUGGAAAAAUCCACUCACUGUACCAACAACUAGUGAACCGAAGGUUGCUUCGAAAGGGCCAUCAAGGUACAACCCUACUCUAGACAAGACUUUUGAGUCACCUAAUAUCUCAACUGAAAAUCCCCCAAAAGUCCCACAUUCUAGGCUACCAGAACCACCCAAGCACCCUUCCACUUUUUCCCUUACAUCUCACCUACCAUCUGGACUUGCUAAACAGUCUACAUAUUCGACAUCUACAGCUUUCGAUGCUAGUGUAUUAGAAGAAACACAUGAUACUCGUACUGGGAAUUCACCAACAGCACCUAAGGAUAAAUAUAUAAACAAUAUAAGUGAUAGAAAAGCAACAGAGACAUCCAAAGAAUCAUGUGAUGGAAAAGAAAAAGAGGUCUUCAAAAGAUCUAAGCCUCGACACCAUGAGUCGCUCCCUGAAUGGCUAAGUGCAGUUGAGUAUGAUAACAAGGAGCAGGUUUUGACCAUAGAUGCUGCCGGUAAUCAACAACUAGUUAGCGGGUCUAUUCAACCAUUAGACGUCUGGAACAAUGGAAACAUCAAAUACGUUGUGCACUUUGAUGAACUAUACCAACCGAUUAGGAAAGGUGGGCAUAUUUUAGUCAGAUUCCUUGGAAGUAUUGCAAAGCAAAAACGCUACUGCCCAAUUUCUGAAAAGACUUGGGGUGAACUAGACAACUGUUUUAAAACUGACAUCAUCAAAUUGAUUAGGGAUCGCUUUGUGAUUCCUGAUGAUAUCAAGUAUGACGAUCUAGCUCUCCAACGUGUUGAUAGAGUGUGGAGGCAAUAUAAAUAUGAAAUUAAAAAAAAGUACUACACACAGAGUGUGAAAACUGUAGAAGAAAUUAAAAAAGAUGUGGCACCUGGAGUUUCCAAGCAAGACUGGGUGAAUUUGGUCAACUAUUGGGAAUCAUCCAAACGGAAACAGCAAUUGUCUGAGUACGGAAAAGAGGCACGAGCAUCUCUGAGUCAAUUGCAUACUAAUGGAAGUGGAAGCUUUGCGAAUACACGUGCUGAUUAUGAAGAUGAACAUGGAGAAGUUAUGAGCCUAAUAGAACUUUGGAAAGCUUGUUACAAGAAGAAGGAUGGAACCUUUAUCGAAGGCACAUUCACUGAAGACUUUUUGGAAGAUGUUAUGGCAAAGGCUGAAGCUUAAAAGCUUAUAUAUCCUCCUGGCUCCAAGUCAAUUAAGGAGAUCGAGAAUGAGGCUUUUGAGGCUACACUAUAUAAUGGAGAAGUUCCUGAAAGACCACAAGGUUAUGGAUUGGGUGUUUGUAAAGGCGACAUUUAUGGGGUGCAUGGUGCACUUAGAAAAGCAGGGUUUGGUAAAGGAAAAAGGAGGGUAAUAGAAGUGGAUAGCAUCAAUGUCGAGGUAUCAAGGUUGAACCAAGAGAAUAAGGAACUUCAUAAGAAAAAUGAAGAGAUAAAAGACAAGUGCGAUGAGAAUGCAAAUCUGAUUAGGACAAUGACAUCGCUGUUUUCUCAAGUUUUAGAAUCCAUUCGCAAUGGAGAUGCUUCAACACAACUUAUAGACGCUGCACAAACCGCCUUGCGUAUGGCUAACCCUCCGGUCCAGGAUGCAUUCAGAGAUAAUGGUGGUGGAAGAAAAGAAUCAAGUGGUGAUGCAUAGCUCCUUCAACUAUGAAGCUGAUAUUCUUGAACUUUGUAUUGAGUGGCCUUUGUUUUGAAGAUGAUAUUUUAGAAUAAUAAGUUGGAUGACAUUUUUUCUGC